AUGCCGCAAGGCCCCACGGCCCCGGCCUGGCCUGAGAAAUCCCCCGACGGUGCGGCGAAGGAGACACCUGCCUACCGGGCGGCAGGCUCGUUGGCCCGUGGGACCCGCGGAGAGCGUUGGCCGGCCCGCCCGGCCUUCCCCCGAGGUGUCCAGAAGGACCCAGGGACGGGAGGUGCAAUGCUGCGUGGCCGUGACAGAGAGAGGGGGGUAGGGCCCCUCGGAGAGCGGCAGGUCCUUCCGCUGCCCCCGAGCAGCAAUAUCUGCCACGUCCACAUCGGCCCGGCAGCUUCCGCAGAGCAGAGGGACCGGCCCACUCCCAACCUCCGCCAGGUCCCGGCAGCCCAAGGCGCACCGACGUCGCGCAACGGCGUCCCAGGCCCGGAGAGGCAGCAGCGGCCCCCCGCGGCUGGAACCGCGCGCGACCCCGCAGCACGCCCGCCGGGCAGGGGGCGGGCAGCCCCCGCGGUAACGCCAAGCAGCAGCCCGGGUGGCGGCUUGCUAAAUAGUCGCGCCGGCCGCCGUCCAGGGCUCUGA